AUGAUUCCCUAUAUAAAUGUCCUCAGGCCCGGUCACUGGACUCAAGCAUGGCACACGUUCCGCAACUGCAAGCCGAAAAUGUCAGACUUCCGCACACGCAUACCUUGCAGACAGAUUACCUCUCUUAGCAAGCUCUACGAUGUGCUGACGAGUGAAUACGGAAACAUGCACUAUAAGUUGGAGACAGAAAAGAACGAAAAUGGUGAGCUGUUCUGGGUGGUUGGUGUCUCGUGCCAUUUUGCGCGUGAUGUGCGAGAACUUUUGAUCACGGAGGGGGUUCUUCGACAGCCUGCGAGACCACGGGGAUUUACAGCAGUGAAUGGGCCAGAGACUUAUGGAGAUUUAUUGACUGAAGUGGUUGAUCUCACUGGGGAUGAUUCGGAUGAAGAGACUCCCCCGGCCCUCGAGACUCCGAACCCGGUGAACCUACCAAGAGGACUGACUCCCAUAUCACGCCAACGUCUUCCUGGCGCAGAGGAAACGCCAAAAUACAUUACCAAGGCAUUACAGAACAAACGAGAGAGCCCCGAUAAAACACAACAGAGCGUUGUUGCACGAAUCUCAGAACAACAUGGCCGAGUUGAACAAGGACCAAUCGCAGCAUGCAACAGCGCAGUCGGCCAAGAAGACCGUUCGACAGGGAGGAUCCCGAUAUCUAUGCUGCUCGGGGAGCCUCAACCUCGAGCUUGA